AUGUCUUCCAGUACAGCCAAAGAAGAGUUCGAUGAAGUUCAUAUGCAACUGACACAGUCUAGAGCAGAUGAUAUGGAAGCUGGUCGUUCAACCACAGGCUCUCCCCAGGGAUUGCCCUCAAAAUUAAUUACGAUCACAAGAAACAUAUUUACUCCAAUCUUUGUGGAGGCUUUUGUGCUCACAUUUUUUGCAGAAUGGGGUGAUAGGUCUCAAAUAACUACAAUUGUUCUCGCAGCUACAAAGAGUGCUUUGGGUGUAAUCGUAGGUGGAGUUGUCGGUCAUGCUUUAUGCACAGGCUUGGCUGUCCUUAUGGGUCGUUUUGUUGCUCAACGUAUUCCUGUACAAUGGAUUACAUUUAUCGGAGGUGUGACAUUUAUAAUAUUUGCGUUCAGUGUGUUUUUUGGGAAUCCAGACACAAAUUCUUAA